AUGCACCGCCCCGGAACGACGUCGUGGCUACGUGAAUAGUGAAGAGAGAGAGACGCAGGCGUCGUUUGUUGUAUGUGCCAGAGCUACUCCACCUCCAAUACAUUAAACCGGUGUGAUGCGCGCCAUACGGAUCUCGUGCGUGUGAGAGCGACCCUGUGAAAACAGAUACGACAGGACGACAGAACGACGCGGUAUAACGACGGCAACAAGAAGGAACGACGUAUGGAGGACUGAAGUCAGUCAAACAGAGAAUAUAAACUAAAGGCAGAAGCAGUGCUUAUGGUACGAUGCUAUAAGGUACUGUGAAGUGCGACGCUACAGUGCGGUGUGAAUAUAUAUGUAUAUGUACAGUGACGCUAGAUAUUUUCUGAAGACUGGUAUAUAACUUUGCCAUCGUGGUUUUUAGAAAGAGAGAGAGGGAGAAAGAAAGAGAGACGCGUAUCUUGAAUAGACUAAGGAUCAGUGAAUACUUCAAGAACAGAGUUCUGCUUGUAAUAAGACUGCGAGACAGUAGAGAGGCAAAGAAAAGUGGAGAAAGGUGGUUCAAUUGGUAUCAGUGAAGUCUACGAAAUCAUCGUUGUCGCGCAGCCGUCGAGAGCGAUGAGGUCGCACGUUUGCCCUGCGGACGGAAGCCCGCAAUCGGAGACACGAGGAGCGGCGUUGCUCUAGACUGAAGUUUUGAGCGCGUUUUGACAUUCACUUACAAAGGUGUAAUCUACCAGAAGUGUUUUAGACGCGAGGAUAUCUUCGUAUCUCGAGUUCGAGUUCACAGUCAUACAUUGGAGUACGUGUUGUCUGAAUUUUCGACGGUUUAGCAGAACGCCAGGAGGCGUUCUUCCUUCUUUUUUCCUCCCUUCCUUUUCUCCCUUUCCGCUUUCUCCUUCACGUCUGCCCCUCUUACUUCUCACUGUCCUCGUAACGAGGUGUACUAUCACCAUUGGCACGAGACCGACUUUUGUGUUUACAGUGGAUAGAUUGACAAGCCGCUGUGAUGUACGCCAAGGGUAAGGGGUCUACUGUACCCUCAGAUGCUCAAGCAAGAGAAAAGUUGGCACUAUAUGUAUAUGAAUACCUGCUUCACGUAGGCGCACAAAAAGCUGCGCAAACAUUUCUGUCCGAGAUUCGAUGGGAAAAGAACAUAACGCUAGGGGAGCCACCUGGAUUUUUACAUUCAUGGUGGUGUGUAUUCUGGGAUCUCUAUUGCGCGGCACCAGAACGUCGCGACACAUGCGAACACAGCAGUGAGGCCAAAGCUUUCCAUGAUUAUGGAUUCGUAAAUAGCGGUUAUGGAGUGAACGGGAUUGCUCACAAUGCCGGACCAGCCCCAUCUCCACUUGGGCAGAUGCCGCCAAACGAUGGCAUGCCUGGCGGUCCGAUGCCUCCUGGAUUCUUUCCAAACAACUCGACAAUGCGACCAUCUCCGCCCACACACCCCUCAUCACAGCCAUCCCCCCAGCACCCCCAGCCACCCCCGCCCCCACACUCGCAGAUGAUGUCCACCCAGUUUAUGGGACCAAGGUAUCCUGCUGGACCACGACCUGGAGUACGCAUGCCACAAAUGGGAAAUGAUUUCAAUGGGCCACCAGGGCAACCGAUGAUGCCAAACAGCAUGGACCCCACCAGACAAGGCGAAGCUGGAGAGUUUGUAGGGUGGCAAGGUCCACCAGGAAUGAAUCCAAUGAAUCCACGUAUGAAUCCACCACGAGGGCCUGGAAUGGGUCCAAUGGGUCCAGGAAAUUAUGCACCAGGGAUGCGAGGACCACCUCCGAAUAGUAGUUUAGGUCCCGGUGGUCCAGGUGGACCCGGUAUGCCACCUAUGAGCAUGGCAGGACCUGGAAGACCACAGUGGCAACCAAACACAUCGACGCCUAUGAACUAUUCGUCGUCGUCACCAGGCAAUUACGGUGGACCACCAGGUUCCACUGGUCCACCCGGACCAGGUACACCGAUCAUGCCCAGUCCACAGGAUAGCAGUAACAGCGGCGGCGAAAAUAUGUACACUAUGAUGAAACCAGUUCCUGGAGGAAACAUGCCUGGAGAUUUUCCAAUGGGCGGUGGACCGGAAGGUGGUCCCAUGGGUCCGAUGGGCCCUAAUACAAUGGGUCAGGUACUAAAUGGUGACGGUUUAGAUGGGAUGAAAAACAGUCCGGCCAAUGGUGGUCCCGGUACUCCACGGGAAGACAGUGGCAGCGGCAUGGGUGAUUAUAAUCUGGGUGGUUUCGGCGGUGGCGAGAACUUUUUUUAAAUCUCGAGUACACGCCUCGGACCCAGCUCUCGAAGUUCGUACACGUCGAAAGUCUCCCAGUUAAUUGCGUAAUGCAAGAAGAUGAUACAAAUGACUGACGAGCUCAUAUACAUUAUUGUACGGGAACGGGUUCGUCAAUGAAUAACACACAAGUCGUUCUCCUCUUCGUGGCAAGUUGUGCGAAAGAGGAAAAAAAGAAAAACAAGAAACGAUUUCGAUAAUGCAUCCCAUUAUCCAUGUUUUUUUUUUCUUUUCUUUGUUAUCAAUCCACACUGCUCCGUUAGGUUAGCAUUUAAGGAACAAUUACGAUGAUAAUUAUUAAAUGAUACUUAGUUGCCACUCCCGCCAUACACUAUGUAUAUGCUUCGCUAAUACUCACAAGGUUGCAAAAAAAAACAUAAUAUAUAUAUAUACGUACGAUUUCUGCGUGCAAAAAGAGAAGGAGAGAGAAAGUGAGAGAGAGAGAGAAAGGCACGCUUGUACGCAUAUAUAUAUAGGGUAUAUACACUUAUAUAUUUUUUUAUUAUGGUUAUACCGCCAUACCUUUAAUUGUCAAGAUUUUAAUCUUCUCUUAGUUAGCGCUUUUGUCAUUGCACUUUAUUUAUAUUUAUUUGACAUUAGCUCGUAAGCGAAAGGGUGCCUAAGGAAUACGAGAAAAGGCUGUUAAUUCGUUACUGUCCAUUUACUGUGAUUUUCGUCGCAUAAUCGCCAAUUGAAUUCCUUUUUUCUUCUUUUUUUUUUUCUUUCUUUUUUUUCCAAUACCCUUCGUGAUACUGGACUAAAAAAAAACCAGUAAACGGCCGAGACCCAUCUUCGUCCUCCCAUUCAGGAGUCUCAUACAACGUCUAUGACAAAAUGGCCUACAGGACAAUCAACGGGAACUCCGUUUCCAUGUAUAUACACUAUUGCCUAUAUAUAUAUUUAUACGGACAUAAUAAUUUAUGAAUUUCAACUUUUUCCCAUAAAAUCUUAAGCAUCCUCAAUGUUCAUCAUCCACAUCAACGUCCUGCUCGUUCUUGCCGCCUUCUCUUGCCAAAAGACCAAAAACCUCCUCGUUCGUUAUUUAUUUUUUAAUAUUAAAGUCCUCCCUUCCCGCCCCAUCCUUUUUACAUUAUUUUACGCGUAACGUCCCACGAAAUAUUUUUUGACCGUGGAUGCAUUUUUUAUUACUUCUUCUUCUCCCUCAUUGUAAAUUGCCGCGUUCUCGCGCGAUGCUCUCAACUAUUUUAUUAACGUGACAAGAGGGCACGCGCGCGCAUGCGCAGACUCUCUCGAAUGGGACGACGAGUGAGCCAGGUCGACGAUAAAACUCAGAACUGAGUCCCUCCACUAUUUGCUCACAUACCUGUAUAUGUAUAUUUAUAUAUAUAUACACUAUUUGACACAAGGUACACGGGCACGGCGACUCGGGUAAUUUGCGUCGCAAUGCCUGAUGGGUACCCCAAUAACACUACGCACUCUGUCACUUACGCAUAUACGUACGUAAAAAAAAAAAAGAAACACCCACACGCAACAAACCGAACGGGGGAGCUGAAGCAGCUCAAAUUGCUCAAUUGAAUUUUUACUCGCGUUACAUCGAUAAUUGUAAUGCACUAUAAUCGCUACUAUGAUAAUUAUUAUAAUAUACCUAUAUAUAUAUAUAUAUAUAUAUGCCGACCAUCGAUUCUGUACGACGGACGCGAUUUGUACCACGUCGUGUGUGUGUAUAUAUAUAUAUUGUCUAUAAUGAUUUUUUUUCUGUCUUUUCUCUCUCAUCCGUUUCUCUGUAUCUACGUAUCUUUCUCUACUGUUAAUCUUGUAAUUAGAUAUUGCUCGCGGUGACAGCAGCACCGAUUCAUGGAUGUACUUGCCGAUCAUUCGAGGGGGGGAGAGAUAAAGAGAGACAGAUUCGUUCGAUCCGUAAGCCAUACUGUCAUUUUAUUUUUUUCCCUCAUUAUUUCGCUGCUUCCUACUUCGUUUGUUACUAGUAAAUUUUUCAUAUAUUUUCGCGAACACGCGUAAUCGACACUGCAUAUAUAUGUAUAUAUGCAACACGUGGUCGCACACUAUACACUGCUCGAGAAAUACACGCGCACACGCGAUAUGUACGAGUUGACACGUGACACGUAGUAAAUACUUGUAAAUGUUAAUAAUUAUGGACAGUCGAGAUUUUAUGCGGAAACGUCAUCGAGCGUCGAUACACGUCAUCGUGGGGCCGUCGCAGCUCCGUCGACGACGUCGAGAAAGAGACGAGAGUAAAGAAAGUGCCAUAAAUGCACGGCAGACGGGAACUGGCGUUGAUCGUGGUUUUUUUUUUUUUUUUUUCUUUGGUCGCGUCGAUAACAAGGAACAACCCGGUUUUGCUGCUUUUAUCUCGGUAUUAACGAUGACGUCCAUGAACGUUUCGCAUCACACCGCGAUACACUGUAUAACAGGCACUUGCGAAGCAAAUGCCUUUGGCAGCACCCGUUGAAGACUCGCACAGAAGGGACGGAGAGGGGGGCGACGGUUACCAUGCACGUGCGUUCAAGGACAAUGACUAGACGACGCGACUAGACACAACGUAUACGCUAUAAGGAUAGACUUGGAGGAAAUGCAAAAGGAUGUUAUUUAAAGGAGGAGGAGGAGGGUGGGGGAGGGUAAAAAUAGAAAAAAAAAAGAAAAACAGAAGCGUUUACUAUUUUUGUAUGGAUAUAAGAAGACGUAGACGGUGCAAGUACUGGACCUAUGACGGAGGAAAAGCGAAUAAAAGCUAUGCAAUGGAGGAAGUGCGAAACGUAAGGGAGUGAGAGAGAGAAUGAGAGGUAUAAGAUAAGAGAAAAAGAGAGAGAGAGGAGGAUACACAAUGACGUGGGAUUUUAUAUAUGUAUAUAUAUAUAUAAAAUAUAUAUAUAUAUAUAAAGGUAUUGGAGCGGAUUACGGAUAAGAUUUAUGAAUCGAUAGAAAAAUGGAAUUAUUAUACGUCCGUCCGCAAGUGUUAAUAGGUCAGUACAAGACUAUUGCUGUGCUGCUAUUUAGUUACUUUAAAAACUUACGAUACUUAAACCGUAGUGGCGACUACUUCAUGUAAAGACGAAGCUAAGGGGUGCCGUUAUCGUUUGCCGAGUGCAGCCGUUCGGAGCUUGCGGCAAUGAAUGGGUCUUUUAUGAAAUGUCUCUUUUUUUUUCUUUUUAAUAUAUAUAUGUAUAUAAUCGUGUCGCGAUUGGACCGUUAACGAGUGAUCCGUGGAUACGUUUUCUUGCUGGUUUUUUUUUUUCUGUACUACUGUUCAAGGUUCUUGCUGUAGGAGAUUUUGCGAUACUCGAAUCGGUAAUUGGCUGUCGGCCAUUUUUGUUUUUGGAUCUACUCCUUUCAACUUCAUGUACGAUCACGUCACCUUCGCACCAGUUUUCAUGUCCGUCGAUUAACUUGUUGAAUGUUUGUCGAUCGUUGCAGCUUUAUUUUUUGUUUGUUGUUGUUGUUUUGUUUAUUAAUUUGCCAAACCAGACACGCCAGUAUCUCGCUUGAUAUUUUUCACAUCCUUCCGAUCUCUCCCGCUAGUCCUUAUGGGUCCGGGGGACAAUUUACUUUUCGUUUACUUCGCUUGGUUUUUGGGAAUCUUCCUUUUCGGGCGAGACGAUGAACAAAAAGUUGCGCGACGUCCGCCAGGCAUUUUUUCCUUUAAAGAUACGGGGGGCGGGGGGGAUCACUUGUACGAAUUGAUUGGUGACACGUGGCACGUGAAUUUGUGUGCUGCUGCUCCGCUGCUCGAUCCGAACGUCCGUACUGACCGGCGAGCGUGCACUUCGACAAGAGAGAGUGAGAGAGAGAGAGAGAGAGAGUGCGAGUGAGAUAAAGGGGAGUAAUAAAGUGAGAGGGAAAAUCGGUAAAUUUUUGUUAACAAAUUCCGAAUUGUUUUUAAUUUGACAGAAACAAAAAGAUUUAACGCACUUCUGACUUUUAGCGUAAUCUGUAUUAUUCGUUUAUUAAUGACUCGUAACAGGGUUGGAUCGAUUUAAAUGAAUGCAGGAGGCAAAUUAUUAUCGGGUUUAGUAGUCGGUAGUAUUUAAAAAAAAAAAAAAAUUUCAUUUUUUCAUAUAUAGUGGCAAACAAGCUCAGGAAUUUUGUAAUAAUUGUACACGGGUCGUGACGUUAAGGGUUGAAGAUAAAAUAUAAUAAAUUAACGAAAAAUCGAUCGAGUUUUCGAUUCUCGUAAUUUGGAAAUUUAUAUAGGGCUUUUCUUUUUCUUCCUUUUUUUUUUUCGCCUCGUCUUUUACGGUGAGAUGGUAACCAGCGAGCGAGAGAGAGCGAAAGAUAGAUUUUAUGUGAGAGAGAGAGAGAGAGAGAGUGUAAACUUGAAGUGUAAACGCACCUUGGUACUUUUAAUACUGAUUACUCCAUUACUCCCACGUUGUAAGCUAUAUACGCCUGAUUACAUAAUAAUAUGCCUACGCCAGGGAGAUCGUGACAAUAAAUGUAAUCCUGUUACACUGAGA